AUGUCGUCCGUUGCAAUCGUUGGAAUCAACAGUGUUAUCGCACCAAAAUUAAUUGAAGCUUUGGAAGGAAGUGUUUUUGCAGGUAAAUUUCAAUUUCCCAUCAAAGCAAUUACAAGGUCCACCGAAGGUAAAUCCAGUACUGACAAGCUCAAGUAUGUCGCCGUCAACUAUGACGAUCCUGCGCUGGUCGUGAAGGAACUUCAAGGCACAGACGUGAUCAUUUCGUUGCUUACCGUCAACCCUGAUGUUCUCAAGACUUUGGAAUCGAUUGUCAAAGAAGUCAAACCCAAGCUUUAUAUCCCAUCGCAAUUCGGUGUUGAUGUGAAAUACGUCUCUUCUUACAUUCCUGGGCUUUUGAACGUCAAGGAUGACCAUUCCGAAAAUGUUAGAGCUGCCGGAAUUAAAGUGGUGGACAUCUACAAUGGAUUUUUUGCUUCUCCAAAGUCUUGGUUGUACGAGAUUGUUCCCCACCUUGGAAUUGAUGUCGAGAAGAAGGAGUAUGUUGCUCGUGGUGACUUGAACACCCAAAUCUCGUACACAAAUUUGACCGAUUUGGGACUUGCAAUUGCUUCAAUUGCUUCGAAUCCAUCUGGAAACUGGCCCCAACAGGUUAAAAUCCAGUCUGGAAAGGUCACCGUCAAGGAUGUUAUUGAGAGAUACGAGAAAGACCACGGCGUCAAAUUGACUCAAAAAGAAGCCGUUUCUAAGGAAGAUACCUUGAAACAAGUUUAUGAGAAACUCAAGAACUUCAAUCCUGCUGAUUAUGUGUUUUAUUUGCACGCCAUUGCUGCUCAAGGUGAAGGUAAGGGAGCCAACUUUACUGAGAAUGACGACGAGUUGGUCAACCCAGGUGAAAAGUUGUGGAAGUGGAGCAAAUACUAG